AAUCGCAGUAAUUAAUUUCAAUAAAUUCUAAAAGCUAAACUUGUAAAACUACCAUUUACUUAAUCGGAAUGGCUUUAAUAAUCAUAUGUGGCUAUCCUAUGAGUUGCAAAUCUGAUUUUGCAUCUAAACUUAAAGAAUACCUUGACAAACAAGAUGGCAAAAAUAUUGUUUUAAUAACUGAUUCAGAUUAUAUGAAAAAUAAAAAUGAAACUUAUAAAAAUCUAAAAUAUGAAAUGGAGUUAAGACAAAUUCUCAAAGCUCAAACAAAAAAAUUGUUAAAUGAAAAGAAUAUAGUCAUUCUAGAUUCAACUAAUUAUAUUAAAAGUUUUCGAUAUGAACUUUUUUGUAUAGCAAAAUCACUGGGAUUAAAAUAUUGUGUGAUAUAUUGUUGUAUAUCUGAAGAGGAUGUCAUUAAAAUUAAUAAUGAAAAUACAAAUAAAUAUGAGACAGAAAUAUUAAAGGAAAUUAUAUCUAGAUUUGAGGAGCCAUCUUUUAAAAAUCGGUGGGAUAUGCCCUUAUUUGUAAUAGAUCCUAGGAAAAAAGAUAUAAAUUUAGAUGAGAUUUAUAAAACAAUAAUUGUGAAUAAUAAAGUUUUAACACCAAAUAUUGCAACUAAAAAUCAAGCUCUUCCUCUCAAUUAUAUUCAAGAUAUUGAUAAAUUAACUCAGGAAAUAAUUAAAGUUUUAUAG